AUGUAUGUAUAUACACUAAAAACAAAUUCUUGGAGAAGGAUUCAAGACAUCCCUCUUGGUAUCCAUUUGCCUUUGAAGGCAUCGGGUAUACUUCUGCACGGAGUUCUUCACUGGUUAAAUGCAUAUGACUGCGAGAUCAUUUGUUUUGAUUUAGUAGAGGAGAAAUUUCGAUUCUUGCGUUUACAUCCAGGCCUUAUAGGUGAUGAUCCACUAGAUACUCGGUACUCAACGCUUGAAGUGCUCAGAGGAUGUCUCUGUAUUAGUUGCUUAAAAUGGGAACCAAAUUGUUUACCUUGUAGAGAGUUUUGGGUGAUGAAGGAAUAUUUCAAGAAUGAUUGGUCAAGCAUGACAUGUGAUAGCAAUAAGUCACUGGAUGAUUUCUCAAACAGUGAUAAAGAAGAUCUAUUUUCAUUUGAAAAAAGGUGGUUGGUUGGGUACAAUGUAGAAAAAGAUUCAUACUGCAGGUAUCAUGUGUUUGACUGUAACUCUGAUACAAUGUGGGAAUUAGAGAUUUACCUGGAGACCAUUGUUUCUCCAUAUCACGUACCAUAG